AUGGCUGAAAAUACUGUUCAAAACGGAGCCAGUGGGAACUCGAAGUCUCAACAGCAAUUGGUGCCCUAUACUGUUGAGGAGAAAUGCAGUCGAGUAGAUACUGUGGUGCAGUCCAACGGCGAGGCCGACGAACGCCCAAUCAAUGGAGACGAUGGCUCAAAUGAGCAACAGACACACGAUACAACCUCGGAACGGGACCUUACAAACGGAGCAUAUAAAAUAGCCGAUUUAGAAUCCGCGCAUGGACUCGGCAUCCUGGUCGAACAUUCACCGAACACCAGGGAUAAUAUUGGCCAGUUGUCGGUAGUUGAUGUGUACGAUGGCCCCAAGGUCAAGGCGACAUUAGCCGAGUCAUUGGCUGAAUUGUCUAAUGAUCUGUCUCACCGACUAUCAGAGGAUAAAGACAAGGUCAUGAAAUUAUCUCCUGAGAAGAUCCAGGAGCUCACGUCCUCGCCAGAGUCAAUACCUUACCGCCCCAUGGGACUAGAAAGAAACCCUGGAAGGCGAGUUGUCUCGGACAACGUCCAUGGAAAUGCUCCUCUCGCACGACCGGAGAUACCAGAGGUUGCGCUUCAGUCACUAAGCGAAAGGCCUUCACCCGCUGAUGUUUUAACAAAGUUGCGGCCCACUAAAGAAGUGUUGCCAGGAGAUACUUCUACACCGGCGAGUCCUGCCUUCCCGCGGAAUAUUCAAAAUUCAUCCCUCCGCAAUCGGCCGCAGCCAGCACGAACAUUGUCCACCCCUGGCUCUACGCGGCGUCAACUGCCCCUUACCCCAAGUAAUGACCGCCUAACCCAGACAUGGGCGUUGCGCCCGAAACAGGACCGACCCGCGUUAGAACGCGAUUUGAAGAGUCACCUUGUUGCAUCACCUCAGAUUGUAGAAUCGCCCAAGCCCUCACCCUCGCCAUCAUCUAUUCCUUUGCCGCCAGUUUCUCUGCCAACCUAUCUUCAGCUUGAGCUUGCUUCUGGUCGACCUUCACCGCUGUACAUCCACCGUGAUGCGGCCAAUGACUUCCCAUAUGAAUCAUCACGAGUGAAGAUUGAGAGGCUUAUGAAUUUCAUUAUGCUUGCACCUAUGCUUGAGCAGGUGCUUUGCUUCGGGAGUCUUGCUUGCCUCGAUGCAUGGCUUUACUCUUUCACGAUAAUGCCACUGCGGUUUAUCAAAGCUGUCUAUAUAUUGGGCGAAUCAUGGGUGAUGAACUUGGGAGCUGAGAUUCGGUUCAUUUGGAAAUUUGUGCUGAAUGGGAUUGGUCGAGUAUGGCGCAGGAGAAAUCAUAAUGCGAAGGAAGACCAUCAGCGUGGAAGACCCGAAAGCGAAUCUGACGCCACCCCUCAUCUUCCUUCGGGCUCGUCUGCAGGACCAGACACAGUACCAGCAGAUAGAGACUCCAGACAGUCACAGUCGGAAACACCAAGAAGGAAACACCGAACCUCCGAAUCCCGCAAGUAUCACCAUCGACGGAAGAAGUCGAUGCCCUCGGCGCUCCUUCCAGACGACAAAGCGGACAUUCUGACAGGCCUGCUGAUGAUAGCUACCUGCUGUGUUUUGAUGUACUUCGAUGCGAGUCGAAUGUAUCACUGGAUUCGCGGACAGGCUGCUAUCAAGCUAUAUGUUAUCUACAAUGUGCUGGAGGUCAGUGACAGGCUAUUAGCUGCCAUAGGUCAAGAUGUCCUCGAGUGUCUCUUCUCGAGGGAGGCUCUUGAGCGUCGUCCGGACGGCCGAAGCAAGAUCAUUCGUCCAUUCUGGCUGUUCCUAGUGGCACUGGUUUACACAGUAUCUCAUGCAUUGUCUCUGUUCUACCAGGUCAUGACCUUGAAUGUGGCAGUGAAUUCAUACUCCAACGCAUUGAUUACGCUACUUCUAUCAAACCAAUUUGUGGAGAUUAAAUCUACCGUCUUCCGCAAGUUUGAGAAAGAGAACCUCUUCCAACUUACCUGUGCGGACGUUGUGGAACGGUUCCAGCUAUGGCUGAUGCUUACUAUCAUAGCUUCGCGUAAUAUCGUGGAGACAGGUGCAUUCAAUUUCAUCGGCAACCUCGGGCUAGGAUCUAGCUUCCCGGGCCAGUCCUCCACAAUCACGAACAGCACACCACUAUCCACCCCUCCACGCACUGCAUCAUCCAUCCUGCCCCAAGCAUUUACCCUCUUCCCAUCCUCAAUUCUAUCAUCCUUCCACAGCGUCAAUUCUUUCAUCCCGACCUUAGCCCAAGUCCUAGGUCCAUUUCUAGUUGUACUAGGCUCCGAGAUGCUAGUAGACUGGCUCAAGCACGCCUAUAUCAACAAAUUCAACAACAACCGCCCAGCCAUCUACGGCCGCUUCCUCGACGUGCUAGCCAAGGACUAUUACACCAACGCCUUCGGCGAACAGAACCUAACCCGCCGCAUCGGCCUCCCAGUCAUCCCUCUCUCCUGCCUCUUCUUCCGGGUCUCCGUGCAAACCUACCAAAUGUUCCUAGCCGCCCUACUCCCCCAAAACCCCUCCUCAACAGCAAUGGGAGCAACCUCCCUAGCAUCAAUCCACAACCACUACGUUCCCUCUCCGAUCCCGUCGGCCCCGCCCUUGACCUUAGCAACCCUCAUCCCCGCCUCCGCCGCCCACGUCAGCGCGUUCUUCCGUACCCUCCUCGAAAACGCCAUCCCGUCCCCAGCCCAGUCCGUCCAUAUCUUCACUGGCAUCUUGUUAUUGACUGGGUUUAUCGUCCUGCUCAUCCUGAAAUUGCUGCUGGGCAUGGUCCUGCUCGCCUUUGCGCGCUCCCGUUAUAGGAAGAUGAAGGGUCGGGAGAGCGAGCGCAAACAGUCCUCGAAUAACCAGUCUGGUACUGAGAGUGGGGCACCUCGUUCGCGCGAUUUCCAUGUUGAGGGUAGUCAGCGCGUUGGUGGGUGGGGUGUUGUGGAGGUUGGGGAUGAGAAGCGGAAGUUGAUCUAUGCGGAUGAUCCGGAUGGAUUGCGGCGGUUGAAGGAGAAGGAGGAAAAGGAUAAGAGUAAGGAUGGGGAGUUUAGUGUUGAUCAUGUACAGCGGUAUGAGAUGAUCGCUAAGAAGAUUUGGUGA